CAGUUCGAUUUCGAUUCCUGAAUAUAAUUUUCGUUAAAUUUUCAAGUAUUAGUUUCUACAUAGAUUUUUGUGAACAAUUCGCCAAAAUGUUCCUGCGCGAGGAUCCACGAAAAGCCGCAGCCCGAGAUGUCACCACUGUGGCGCCUUAUGUGGCAGCCGCCAAGCGGGGUCCCUACACCAUGACCAAUCUCGUGUUCAACAGCAACAAUCCCUAUCUGGGCAAAGACGACGAACAGUCGACAGAGAUGCAGCAGCAGCAGCAGCACUCGUUCAACAUCAAUCGCAAGGCGCUGGAGCACAAUCAUCGGCACCACCAGCGAUUGAUACCCGUGGCCAUUGGGAAGUCGCCGAUGCCCCAGAUGCGCUCCCCUGUGGUGAUGAACGAGCAGCGGGAGCUGUACCGACAGCAUCGUGAGCGGCUGACCACCAUCAAGGGGAAGGUGAACACCUGCCUGCCACCGCCCAAGGUCAAGGUGAGUGGCAAUGGCAUGGAGCUGCCCUACAUGGAGAUGCUGACGGCGCUCUACAAGCGGAGCAACAACACGCUGCGAACGUUCACCCGCUCGCCGGAGCGACUGGCCGCCGGCCGCUGGCGUCACGUGAGCCUCGCCCGCGACAAGGAGCAGCGGCAACAGGAGAAGAACAAGCAGUUCCACAAGGGCGGAGAGCUCUUCGAUCCGCUGGCGGGCAGAUCGCGACGCAACAAACCAAAGGCCUUGCAGACCUUCAGCUACGAGAUCCCCAUGCACAUCCUGCACCGCUACGAGAGCCUCAUGGACCAGUGCGAUGUGGGCAAUCUGUGCAAGCUUCUGCGCCCACAGAUCUAUCUCGAUGUCGCGGUGCGUGGCACACGCAUCCAGGGUCGCCUCGCCAUUCAACUCUUCACCGAGGCCUGUCCCCAGGUGGUGCUGGAGUUUAUGCGCGCCUGCACCCAGGCCAACACUUCGGCCAUCACCUUCUCGCGAACACUCACACCCAUGUGGCUGGAGGGUCGCCUGGCCAUGGGCCCAUCCACGGUGCGCGAUCAGGAUAUGCGCAACAUUGAGCACGACUUCGAUGUGCUCAAUCACGGCGUCGACGCUGGCAUUCUCUCCUUUCCCAGUCGCUAUGUGCGCGGCCAUCCCCGCUCCGCUGUUAACUUUACCAUUAGCUUCCAACCGCUUUCGAUCCUAAACGGCAAGCGGAUUGCUUUCGGCAAAGUGCGCAAGGGAUUGCAGCUGCUGGAGCGCAUCCAGGAUGCCACCGGUCACCUGGCCACUGCCCAAGGCGUUGUCGUGGCAACCGACUGCGGAGUGCUCUAAAAAUCAUCGGUCAAACAAUUCAAUAAACGAAAUGUAAAACCAAAGCAGCCAGGGUUCCCUCUGUCAUAGUGCUGUCAGCUUCAUUUCAGUAUUAAAUCUUACUUCGAGCUGUGUGGAAGUGUAACCUACAGCAGCUACAAUUUA